GAACGCACUCCGAAACCGGCAGUGGAGUUGGAGCAGUGCGUUUCGUCGUAAGGUUGGCGUAGGAACUAUGUGAUGAUGGUGUGCUGAAAGAAGAGACCUCUGGCUUUCGGUAGAAGCUAUCCCCGGUACCACGGGGUCACGAGGCUCUCUCAGCGUCCAGGCGAACUAGUGUGAAUGGAUCAGGAGACGUUUGCGAUGCGGCCCCGCGUAUGUUGUUGUUUUUUGAUUUCGUCUCCGAACGAAGUGUGCAAGAACGAACUGAAGGAAGAUUCCAUGAUCAUGGUGGUGGUGACAUCUCAGCGGAGGUAUGCAGUAGACAGACAACUUCGCACCUAUCACUAAGUUCAAAUCAGAUGCAACAAGAUGGAAGCAGGAUACAAAAAAUUACCCGUUCUUUCAAGGAGUGAAAGCCCCGAGAUUGUGAAGAACUGUUGCGGCUUUGGAACGAGUGACAAAAUGGAUGGAGUCCUUUGAUGGAUCUUCAAGCCUUCAGAAAUAGACAGGGUUCAGCCGUUCUUCCAAAGAGUGAAGCCCCAAGAUUGUGAAGAACUGUUGCAGCUUUGAAAUGAGUGACAAAAUGGAUGGAGUCCUUUGAUGGAUCGUCAAGCCUUCAGAAAUAGACAGGGUAUGAAUUUACUGCCACUGAAGUAAGGAGUCACUGCUGGCAUUGUUGGUCAAAUGCAAUACUUAGAAAAGUUAGCCCUUCCAAUUUCGUUGGUCAAUGAACACAUAGCCUCUCUGUCCAAGGCCUUUGAAUCUGAUAGACCAGGUGUAAUUCUCGAGGAUCACCUAGGCCCCACGAAGCAUUUGCGACAAAGUUCUGCUCAAAUGCGAACUCUUGCUUUACUGCUGCCUUUUGUUCUACAAAAGGAGACAGCUGAUGGCAGCAUGGUGUUCAGUGGAGAUCAAGAAUAUUUGGAUUGCCUCAUUUGUGUGUUACAAUUUCUUCAGUUGUCUAUGGCCUUCAAGUUUCAUAUAACGGAUGUUGAAGUUUUGAGAAAAAAGAUUGAAAAGCUCCACGCCAUGAUCCUUGCCCUUGAUGAAAUCAAUAUGGGCAAAUUACAUUUUUUGCACCACCUAUUCGAUGGGAUUGCUUUGUUUGAAGUGUUUCGCCAAGUUGCAUGUUUUCGAUGUGAAGGUCAUCAUGCCUCUUUCAAGAGACUUCUGAAAAUCUUGCACAAUUUUUUGAACCCUUUAAAGACUCUGGCGGUUCGUCAUGAAAUCUCUAAAUGCCGCCAAAUGAUGAAGAAAAAUUAUCUCUAUGAUGUUCAUGAGUGCACUCCUAAACAGGAGGUGUCCAAAGCAGUUAACAGAAAUGUGAAUUUAAUCAAGGACUCAUUUCCUGACUGGCAAACUAUUGUAUUGGUAUCAAAGGUGAAGAUUUUUGGGACAACUUUCAAAGAGGGUAGCCCAAUCCUCCUUGCAGACAGUCCACCAGAGUUUGCUAUCGUUAAACGUAUGUAUCAGAUAAAUGGAGAAAAAUUUUCAUUCUUAUGCCAGAAAACAAAGACAAAGUGCUUCGCCAUGAACCUGAAUGCGUAUGAAAUUUUUCCUGUUGGCACCAUAGUAGCAAUUGAUGUGUUCCAGCUUAACUUUCUCCAUCCAAUUAUUUCUUUGACCUGGCAAGGGAAGAAAUAUGUCCUGCCUUUGGGACAUCGCUCCUUGCUGGUUGGAGACACUUAGGCCAUCUACUAAAGCACUUCUGAAAGCGCUAAAGUAAAGUGAAUAAUGCUGAUAUAAUACAAGGAAUUGCUUCUACUUGCUGCCCCUAUAGUCCUCCUUCUGUUGCGGAUGAUCAGAUAAUGGAAAAGAUUGUUUUUACAAGUUUGAUUUAACACCGUUACACUGACAAAUCGCAGCAGUAAAGAAAGCGUUCGCAUUUGAACAGAGCUUUAGAAUAAUGACUGUCAGCCUGAAGACAGACUACGAUGACCAGCCAGUUGCUAUGCGCUGGAUGAGGGCUCCUUGAAAGUUUGCUGUAUAACUUGACUCCCACCUCUUCUCUGAACACUCUCCUUGAUUUGUCGAUUCUUAGAUUAUGGAUUGGAUCGUGUUUAUAAGUGUGAUUCCUUUCCUAAAUCCUUUUGUUACUGAGCAAGUUUUGAGUUCCUGUUAUCAUGCUUUAAGUAGCAGACUGGCUGGCAGGCUGGCUGGCUGGCAGGCUGGCUGGCUGGCAGGCAGGCUGGGAGGCAGGCAGGCAGGCAGGCAGGCAGGGUAGCAUGCUCGCAGGCAUGCUGGCUGGGAGGCAGGCUGGAAGGCAGGCACGCAGGCAAAAGAACACAUCUGCACACAGCAAAUAUUGGAUAGGAAGUGGCAUGUUUUAUUUUUGCAAGAUCGCUGGAACACAACAUUUGUGAUGCAUUUUUGGAGUGCAGUGGUGCAUGAGUAAUUUUAAAUAGGCAGUGACUAUGAUGAUUAGCUAAUGCCUCUACAUACAAGGUAUGAGAAAUAUAAACAGUGGGAAAAUGUGAAUAUGCGAGUUUUUUAAUUUGUGGCAGGAUUAAUCAUCAAAACACUAUACCUAUCUCUUUAGUUUUCUUAUUUGUUACUAGAGGAGCUGCAGGUGUAUUUUGUCUGAGAUAAUGAAGUGGGUAUUUUUUAAAAGUUUGAUUCAUUUUCUAUUUUAAAUAUUUGUACAAUGUUUAACUUCUCUUGGCAAACUUUAACUGGGUGCCACAGCAUCUGAAAACAUGGUACGUUUUUCCAUGUGCUAUUCAAUAAACACUGAAAGAGCAAUGUAAUGAUCCCAGUUUUGAUUUAAAAUUACAGGUUGGCUUGCUGUUAAGGGCGAACCUAAUGACUGACUGAGCUCACCAAGCAGUUCCAAUGUGCUGGCUGAAGGCUGACCACAAGUUUGCCGAAUUGUAUGAUUUCCACCUUUCCUCUGAAUUCUCUCCUCCUUUUGAGGGUCUUCAGGUGAUCAUAAGGAUGAAUUUUUAUUCAUUUUCUAUUUAUAAGAUUUGUCCGAUGUUUUACUUUCCUCGGCAAUCUCACUUGUCUUGCUGCGUAUGGCUGACCUGAAGACAGACUACGAUGACCAGCCAAUUGUUCAGCGCUGUCCGAGGUCUUACCAGAAGUUUGCGGUAUACCUUGAUUCCCACUUUUUCUCUCAACUCCUUCUUUGUUUUGUGUAUUUUGUUGAGAUAAUGAAAUGGGUACUCUUUAAUUUUGGAGUUCGAUUCAUCUUCUAUUUUAAAUAUUUAUAGAAUGUGUUACUUUUCUUGGCAAUCUUACUUAGUUCCACAGCAUCUUAAAACAUGCUUGUCUUGCUGCUUCUUGCUAACCCAAGACUGACUUAGUCAACUAGCAAGGUGCCAUGCGCCGGAUGAGGGCUCACUGGAAGUUUGCAGUUUAUCUGAUUCCUACCUUUCCCCUGUAUUCUUUCCUCUUUUUGAGUAUCUUCAGAUGAUCAAAAGGAUGGACUUUAUAAGUUUUAUUCAGUUUCUAUUGAAAAUAAUUGUCCAAUGUUUUACUCUCCAAGGCAAUCCAAGGAGACCAGCACAGCUUCUUCUGCAGCAAGAGACAAAAUGUGAUGUGAGAAAACAUUGCUGACCUUAAGCUCCCUGAUUUAUCUGAAUGCCAAGGAUAUUACUUCCAAACACAAUUUUGACCUUCCACCUCUUGCUGCUCCACCAGGUACUAAGUCACAACAAGAUUCCACCAGCCGCCACCGGGCCCCACUUCAGUCACUAGAAUUAUUGUGGAUCAGCUGCUUUCGUCUGGAUGCAUUGCAAUAACAAAGUGAACUUGGAGUGAUUGGAGCAUCAUUGAAGGGUUAUUGGACUCACUUUUUAACGUGGAGAACUACGAAGACUGCUACGUACGUUAGUCUCCAGUUACUCGAGCUGCACUUCAAGAAAAGUACAAUGAAUGCUAGCAA